CGUGUUUUGAAGUCGAGGCCGGUGACCUCACACUGAGAUGGCGUUGCUCGUCAUAUAUGCAUGAAGCGGAGGGAAUAUCAGGGAUGUGCAUGAGGAACAGCGUGUCACAGACGGCUUUACUGCAGAAUCAUUGGUGUUUCUCACACCGUGGGUCAGAUCUGCAGCGAGCGUCUGUCUCCGAGAGCCGCUCAGACCUGCUCGACAGGUUUCUGGUGUCAGAACAAUGAAGAGCUGAAAGCCUAAUGAGAGCAGAGCAGUCAAACCCAGCGGAGUUGCUGUCUGAGCGAGAACAGAUUACUGAAGUCUGCUGCUGCCUGCCGUGAUGGAGCAUGUUCAAGGAGCCUGGAAAAACAUCAGUCAUGGGUUUGUGUGCAAAGACUCUGUGUUUGAAGACUCCUGCGUGUCUCCCACCAUCCUCAAGAACUUCCCGUACCGGAGAUUAUCCGAUGACGGCAGAAUCCCAGACUCGAAAGCUAGCAGCACAAUCCGCGUCUACCUGCCCAACAAACAGCGCACUGUGGUGAACGUGCGGCCGGGUAUGACGCUGCGCAACUGCCUCAUCAAAGCCCUGAAGGUCCGGGGACUUCAGCCAGAAUGCUGUGCGGUUUUCAAGCUUCAUCGAGAACAUUCAUUUAAAAAGUUGCGUAUGGAUUGGAGCACUGAUUCUACCUCGCUGGUCGGAGAGGAGCUGCUGGUUGAAGUCUUAGAUCACGUACCCCUGACUACGCACAAUUUUGUACGGAAAACGUUCUUGAAGUUGGCCUUUUGUGACAUAUGUCAGAAGUUUCUUUUGCACGGCUUCAGAUGUCAGACGUGCGGCUACAAGUUUCACGAGCACUGCAGCACCAAAGUGCCCACGAUGUGUGUGGACUGGAGCAACAUCCGACAGCUCCUGCUGUUCCCGACUCCCGGAGAGAACGGCACUCCGUCGCUCCCUCCUCUCUCGUCCCGCCGCAUGCAGAACUCUAAAUUCUCCUUCAGUCCCUAUCACAGAUACUCCACGCCGAACGCUCUGAACUACAUCAGCCCCGUGCCGUCCGCUGGCGUGUCUCUCAGUCAUAAAGUGCUGUCCACAUCCACUCCUAACGUGCACAUGGUGAGCACGGCCGGUCCGGUCCAUGAGACCGCUGCGUAUCAGGAAGCCCUGGGCCGAGAUGAAUCAGGAAGCCCGACGGAGUGGUCCAGAACCCCGGCUCCGGCGCACAGGGAGAAAGCGCCUUCGAACACUCAGGAAAAACGCAUCCGUCCCAGAGAGAAGAGAGACUCCAGCUAUUACUGGGAGAUCGAGGCCAGCGAGGUGGUGCUGCACUCCAGGAUCGGCUCCGGCUCGUUUGGCACCGUUUACAAAGGGAAGUGGCACGGUGAUGUUGCUGUGAAGAUUUUAAAGGUCGUGAAUCCCACACCGGAGCAGUUACAGGCCUUUCGCAAUGAAGUGGCUGUUCUCAGGAAGACCAGGCACGUCAAUAUUGUUCUGUUUAUGGGAUACAUGACCAAAGCAAACUUGGCCAUCGUGACGCAGUGGUGUGAAGGAAGCAGCCUCUACAAACAUCUGCAUGUGCAGGAGACCAACUUCCAGAUGUUCCAGCUGAUGGACAUCGCCAGACAGACGGCGCAGGGCAUGGAUUACCUACAUGCGAAGAAUAUCAUCCAUCGAGACAUGAAGUCAAACAAUAUCUUCCUGCAUGAAGGGCUGACGGUGAAGAUCGGUGAUUUUGGUCUGGCCACAGUGAAGGCUCGGUGGAGCGGCUCUCAUCGAGUGGAGCAGCCGUCCGGAUCCAUUCUGUGGAUGGCUCCUGAAGUCAUCCGGAUGCAGGACAACAAUCCGUACAGUUUCCAGUCGGAUGUGUACUCGUACGGUAUCGUCCUGUAUGAGCUGAUGACGGGAGAACUGCCGUACUCUAUGAUCGGAAACAGAGAUCAGAUCAUCUUCAUGGUGGGGAGAGGCUAUCUGACCCCUGACCUCAGUAAACUCUACAAGAGCUGUCCCAAAGCCAUGAAGAGACUCGUCGCCGACUGCAUCCAGAAGUGCAAAGACGAGCGGCCGCUGUUUCCUCAGAUCCUGUCCUCGAUCGAGCUGCUCCAGCACUCGCUGCCCAAGAUCAACCGCAGCGCGUCCGAGCCGUCGCUGCACCGAGCCUCGCACACCGAGGACAUCAGCGUCUGCACGCUGGCGCUCUCGGCCGCCUUCAAGUGAAGCGCUGCGGUCUCUCUCUACACGCAGCGCUCCGCUGGGAUCUUACUCCACGCUUUCUCCUCCUCCUCACAAUCACGUGCCUGGAAGCAGUGUAUUCCCUAAGUGCCAGUGCCGCUGAAGCCGUGGAGUCGCUCGUGGCUUAUCCAAACGCCUCCUAGCACUUUACCAUCUUGUGUUUAGCUGUCUCUCUGACUGUGUGUAUGUUACAGGAAUCCAAGAAAGAAGAGUGGGUAUUAACUUUGAGACUUGUUAGGGAUUCGUAUUUUUUCGGCUUUUAGUGCUUGUCAUGGAAGAUUAACUUGUAAACUUGACAGAUUGUUUAUUCAUUGUAUUUUAAUAAAAUUAAGUUAAAUACACCACACAAGCUCAGUUUUUAAGAUGAUUUGUGCUUGACGUUUUAACUUUUGUUUUAAAGCAGCAGCAGAAGUGAUAUUAUACAAGAUGAUUAGAGGGAUAGUUCACCCAGAAAUGACACUCAAGAUCAGGAUGAGUGUGUUUCUUCAUCAGGUUUGUAGAAGUGUGUCUCUGCAUCAGUGUCUCAGCAAUGGAUGCUCUGCAGUGAAUGGGUGCCGUCAGAACGAGAGUCUGAUAAAAACAUCACAAUAAUCCACAGCACUCCAGUCCAUCAGUUAACAUCUGGAGAAGACAAAAGCUGAAACACAUCCAGCAUUAAGACGUUUAUAACUUCAAACAGUUGCUUAACACUAAAAUGCAAAUCCAUAAUCUUGCUUUCUAUUCUUUUAAUAAAAAUCUGAUGUUGGUGUGAAUAAAUGCUGAUGCACUCGUGCUAGUGUGAUAUUGCUUGAAUUCAGUAUUGAGUAUCUGCUUCGGGUUAAAGUCAGUUCUGUAGGGCCACAAUCCUGCAAUUCACAUCAAAUACAGUAUAGGCUUUUCCACAUUUUACUCCAUUAAAGAUUUGCUGAUGGCACUUUUCCUGAAUAUGGUAUAAAUAAUGUUUACUUUUCAUGUUAGAGAAACUGUUUAAUUAAAAUGAACGCUGCACAAACAGUGUUUAAUGUACAGCUCCUCAUUAAAAGUGAUUUUGCUGUCAGUGGUCUUGACUAAAAUAAUUCAUCAUCAUAAACUGGACAUAGCUUGAUAGUCAAUUGUACUAAAAAUAUAAAUUACUAACAGCUGAACGCUUUAAUUUUUUAAAUGUAACGUUCUUUGAAAUAAGUAAAUCUUCUCAGUUUUUACA